UAGUAAAGCGCAGAUGACGAGAAAUUAGUCUUUUAAUCUGCCGGUUAGCCACGCCUACCAUUAUAGGGCUUUAGCGUCCCCAACAGGUGGAUGACGUCAGUGGUAGACUGGGCUCAUCGGUUUUACUAUUCAGCCCAUUGAGUGGGAAUUGUUCAGAACGAGGAAAACGCGACGAAGAGAGCCGCAAAAUGUCAUUGUUUCAGUCUCUCUACUCCAAUAUUUUUACAGGAUAUUCUUUUUAUGCAAGUAUUUUUCCCCAAUAGCUAUAUAAAUGGCUUGAGAAGGACCAGUCAGCCCGUCGAGGGGGAACUAUUCACAAUGAGGAAAACGCGACGAAGAGAGCGGCAAAAUGUCAUUGUUUCUGUCUCUUUACUUCCAUAUUUUUACAGGAUAUUCUUUUUAUCCAAGUAUUUUUCCCCAAUAGCUAUACAAAAUGGCUUGAGAAGGACCAGUCAGCCCGUCGAGGGGGAACUAUUCACAAUGAGGAAAACGCGACGAAGAGAGCGGCAAAAUGUCAUUGUUUCUGUCUCUUUACUUCCAUAUUUUUACAGGAUAUUCUUUUUAUCCAAGUAUUUUCCCCAAUUGCUAAAUAAAUGGAAUGGUCAAGACAAAUAACAAUCUUGUGCUAAAUGGAAUAUGAAAUAAUAAAAAUCCAUUUAUUCAAGACGACAUGGCAAAAUUACUCCAUAAAGGUCAAAACUGUCGACUUCACCUUUACUGUCGCACCUCCCGAACGAUACUUUAUGACACCUAAAUCGGACAUAUGUCAUUUCCCUUCCCCGGCUUCGGAGAAUGUAAACAAACCAGAAGGAGUGACAGCUAGCCGACAUGCUAACCCGAACCGAGUGAUGUUUCAAAGUCUUCAAAGCGGAAAAUCACACAAAGCUAUCCUGGAUUAUUUGACAUGACGACCCGGUUGUCGAAUGUCUUAGCGGAUCGGCAAACCGCCCGGCGGAGAGCAAUUUACAGUUCGUUCCCCGGAGGAGGGUGGCUGGAGCUAACGCAGCUAACGUGCUGCUGCUAAUGCAUUAGGAGAGCUUUUUACAUGCCUAUCAAUGGUCAAACACUGGUGUGAGACUCAAACUCCAGAUGCUUCCAGGGAAAAUGAUCAACACUGUCUACAGUGAUGAGGAAAGGGGAAGCCAAGACAAAGAAAGCAAGGAAGAGACCAUUUUGGCCAUGUUGGGCAUUAUCGGCACUAUUCUUAACUUGCUGGUCAUCAUUUUUGUUUACAUCUACACUACGUUGUAAAGCGGCUCCUCGUCGAGAAAAGCGAUGAUGAGUGAGAAAUGGUGGCAGCAGAAAAAAUGGAAUUGGAUCACCUACCCUGUUCGCACGGAUCAAAAAGGACCGCGAAUACUUUUGGAAAAAGCAUUUUCUAGCACUGAAUAUUCUUAAAUAUGUUUCAGAAUUUGCAUCUGCGGAAUGACAAAUGCGAAAUGUACAGAGAGACUUUUUCUAUAAGGGUUUCUUAAUAAAACACAAAAUUAUGUCCUUUGAACAAAGUUGGACUUGAGAGAGCUGGUGAAUUAUUACUUUUCUUACAUUAUUCUUAGCCAACCCGCAACUGUGGAUUAUGUGCGCGUGUGUGUGCUUUCUGGUUAAAAUUGGUGUCAGUUUAAAGUGCAGCGAACUCGUGGAAGUCGAAUAGUAGAGCUGAUGUUUAAUUUCAAACAUCCCUAAAAGGAACCAAAAUAGCUUGAACCAUUAAGUCCCUAAAUUCGGGGAAAUUUAGAAUUCAACAGCUUUGCAGGAGUCGUUCAUAACGAUGCAAUUACAGGUAGUCCCCAGUUUACGAACGAGUUACGUUCCUGCGCUAGCGAUGUAACCUGGAUUUCUGCAUGAAUCGGAAUUAACCCUUUAAAUACCCCUAAAUACACACAAAAUCUUAAAAAACUAUCCAAAAAAUUUGUAUUAUACUGCAUUGUACUUUCUUUGCCAAGACGUUGGAGCAAAGUCCUAGCUAGACAGCGUGCGAAUCUCCGAAAUAAAGAUGUCAAGACGUCCGUUUGGUUUGCUGACUUUAUUCAGCUGCUCAUGACAUCAACGCUUGCAGAAUGAAACUAAAAUAAAAUGAAAUUAAACCAGUCUCAUCUUCAAUAACAGCAAUUCAAAUUUGUGUUUGUUAUUGCUGUAUCAGCAGCUACUUGUAAACGAUUAGCAUGUAUCAGUUAGCAUCCGCACAUGGUCAAAAACAAUCACUUAAACUCGCCCCAAGUAUUCGACCACAAUUGAAAACGCAUAAUAAAGAGUACAAAAGGGGUUAUAUCUAGGGUUGGGCAUUGAUGGGAUCCGGGAUGAACACUCCAGUGCAGUUCUUCCGGAACCAUUCGAUUUUUUAAAUUUUCGAUUCCAAGUUUCGCCGAACCGAAGAAAUAGCUGCCGAACACUUGCCCAGCUGUAUUUUUCAAACACUGAGAGAAAAGUCUGGGACCCAGCCCAUUAACGGCAUCUCGAGCAGGUUCAAAAUCAAUCGACAAAUCAGAUUCGUUUAUUUGCGUGACGUGUUCUUAAUGAGCAACGUCACUCUUGCGCGUCGGAAGUCGUCUCCACAACAACACAGAUGGUGAACAGGAGAGCCGAGAAUAUGUUCCAAUCCACGGUAAAAUCAGUUUUAAAUGACCAAAACCACAUAGACACGAGUCAUUGACAAGUUUGUCUCGCGCUAGCCAUGUUGAAUAAACUCCGCUCUCCUCGUAUGUUUCCUUUCACGCGCAAGUGCCUCGUCCUGCCCUCGUCGUUUUACUCACGUCACGUCUGCCCGUCGCUGAUUGGUCCACUCCGCUGUCUGUUUGCUGUGGCUUGCUCCGCCCUGGAAAUUGUAUCCGCUGAAUGGUGGCCAGACUCAAAAGCUGGAACAGCGGUGAGUCUGGUGUACCAGGCAAGCCGAGCACCACGAAGACGAAGCCACAUGAAGACUAGCUCUGUUAUGAGCAGAUCAAAUGAAGUGGCUAAUCCUGCUGCUUCCAGUAAGUCACUACUAGGGGAAGCCAAGCGCACAUAGCAAAACCACAGGAAAAACUGUAGAGUCCGGAGUUACAUUAGCGACUAGGGUUGUUCCGAUCAUGUUUUUUUGCUCCCGAUCCGAUCCCGAUCGUUUUAGUUUGAGUAUCUGCAGAUCCCGAUAUUUCCCGAUCCGAUUGCUUUUUUUUGCUCCCGAUUCAAUUCCAAUCAUUCCCGAUAAUUUUUCCCGAUCAUAUGCAUUUUGGCAAUGCAUUAAGAAAAAAAUGAAUAAAACUCGGAUGAAUAUAUACAUUCAACAUACAGUACAUAAGUACUGUAUUUGUUUAUCAUGACAAUAAAUCCUCAAGAUGGCAUUUACAUUAUUAACAUUCUUUCUGUGACAGGGAUCCACGGAUAGAAAGACUUGGGACUUUGUAUAUUGUGACUAAAUAUUGCCAUCUAGUGUAUUUGUUGAGCUUUCAGUAAGGCAGCCAAAAUUCACUCUACUCAUUUUACGCUGCAUUUUAUCUCUCUAAAUGGGUAAAACGGUGCCAUUACAGAUUGAGCGCGACAAUGCGUGAGUGGGUCGUGCAACGCAUGCAUUAAUUGCGUUAAAUAUUUAACGUGAUACAUUUUUUUUUUAAAUUAAUUACCGCCGUUAUCGGGAUAAAUUUGAUAACCCUACCUUAAGCCUAAACUAAAGACUCUGGAUGAGUGUAAGAUAUUAUGUCUGUAACAUUAAAUACAAUUACAAAAUUAUUUAAUUAUAUAUAUAUAUAUAUAUAUAUAUAUAUAUAUAUAUAUACCGUAAAUUCCGGACUAUAAGCCGCUACUUUUUUCCCUCCCUCAGUAUCCUGCGGCUUAUCGUCCAGCGCGGCUUAUUUAUUGAUUUAUUUGGGUUAAUAGGUAACACUUUAUUUGAGAGCGGCGUCAUAAGACCGUCAUUAUUAUAACACUAUCAAGGGCAUUAAUGUAUGCUUAUGACAGAUGUCAUUGUCAUCCAGCAAACUAUGUCACUAACUCCAAUAAUGUCCAGCUCGGAUCUUUUAAACUAUUCAAAAGUCAGAUAAUUUGCCGAUGACACAAAAUGACAUCCGUCAUAAGGAUUCAUUAAUGCUCAUGGCAGUGUCAUGUCAUAAUUAUGAUAGUCUUAUGGCACGACUCAAAUAAAAUGUUACCAAAUAUGUCUUAUAAAGCUUAUGACCGUCAUAAUUAUGACAUGACACUAUCAAGCAUUACUGAAUGCUUAUGACAGAUGUCAUUAAGUGUAAUCCGGCAAACUAUGUCACUAUCUCCAUUUAUGUUCAGCACGGAUCUUUUACAUCCAUUCAAAAGUGAGAUAAUUUGUCGGAUAACACUAAAUGACAUCUGGUAUAAGCAUUCAUUAUUUGUCAGAACAGUGUCAUGUCAUAAUUAUGAUUGUCUAAUGACAGUUUUAUGGUGCCGCUUUCAAAUAAAGAGUUACCAAAUACCUUAUCUAGCAAUAAAUGAAACAACUGAAACAGUAACUGAAGAAAUAAUUUGCAUAGAACAUUAAUUUUGAUUGUUAUUUUCAUCUGUUGUGCUGCAAUGCAUCCUAGGAGGCAUGUCGGACGAAAACAGUGUUGACAGCAGGUGGAGCAAUGAUGGGCAAAUUAAGCUUCUCGAAGCAAUGAAGCUUUUCAGACCAUUGGUUCAAAGCUUCAUGGUGGUUCAUUUGGUCAUAUGACAGUCUUACAGUGCCGCUGUCAAAAUAAAGUGUUACCGGUUACUAUCUUUUGGUGUAAAUAUUCCAUAAUACAGUGAUGAGUGUUGUGGCUUAUAGUCCAGUGCGGCUUAUCUGUGAACAAAUGCCGUUUUUGUGUCAAAUUUGGCGGCUGUGGCUUAUAGUCAGGUGUGCCUUAUAGUCCAGAAAUUAUGGUAUAUAUAUUAAAAAAAGGCAUAGCCGAUAUUUUUUUGCCGAUUCCGAUACUUUGAAAAUGACGUGAUCGGACCCGAUCGAUCGGCUAAUCGGGACAUCUCUAUUAGCGACAUCUUGUGGACAGAUGAACAAUAUAUCAGUUUAGAAAAAAAUCAAACUUAAAAAGUAGUCAAUUUACGAUCAAGGGACAGAACACUCCCCGCCUGACAACUGCAAGAUGUCAGCCCUUAACUAACUAGUAGAAAUACCACCUACAAAAAAUGAUGCAACACAAUAAAUACCUGCAGCAUAAGACACUGUAAAACAGGCAAAAGAACCGGAACUAAAUUCAAAUGAUGCCCAACCCUAGUUAUAUCCAACUGUCGCCUCUGGAUGCUUCACAAGCAACAAAUGUCCGCGCAGGCUUUAACCUCUUCACUCGGCUGCUUCCUCAUGUGUGCGUGUGCCGUCACUGCCUGUGUGGGGUGGACGGGUGUGGAAAUGCUCUCACGUUUGGAAGUACCACAUACGCUUCCUGUGCUAAAAUGAAAGAAUGCAUCACAAAACAAAGGUUAACAUUUAAAAAAAAAAAAAAAAAAAAACGACGAGACACAGGCGCGUAAAGUCGAAAUCACUGUCGGGUCCGUUGUAACCGAGAGACUACCUGUAUUCUGCAUCAUUCAAAUUUAUUUAAUUAUUUUAUUUAUUUUUAAAUCUGAUACCACAAAUUCCCAGAAAGUUUUCAGGUUAUUACAAUCCAGUGAAAUGUUUCACUUGUAUAAAGUAUACUAUUUCCAACAACUUUUAAUGCCCAUUUUUAUAGGUGAUUUUUUUUAUAUAUAUAUAAAUGUGCAUUUUCUUAUUUUGUGGAGUCCAAAAGUUACCGUGUGCAGUGGGCAUGACAGAAAUCCUAAAUCUUAAACAACCUUCAUUAUGAAAUGUUUCUGAUAAUCGUAUACUCAAAAACAUUUCUACAUUGAUAUCUAGUGAAACACAAAUUAUUACAAUGGUGGUUGAUUUUCAAGAUGUUUUAAAUUCAAGACAUUUUUGAAAGUGAACCAAAUCCUGUCAGUAUCAACAUUGAAUCUUUAAUAUACCUACAAUGUUGGAUGUGGCAUUUUCAUAUUCCUAACUGUCGUACCCGUAAAAAGCAUAUAUUCACGACUGUACAUCCAUCAUUUUUCUGAGUCUAAUAACAGAUUCUUGCUCAAAUCAUUAAUUUAUUAGAUGUAGAAAAUUUCAUUUCUGUAUUCGUUUUGUGCUCCCAACAAAACAAUCAGGUAAAAUAAAUCAAUGUCUAUGUGGAAAGGGUUAUAAUAUUGAUUUUUGAACACAGAGCUUAUUUAAUUUAGUUUGCCUUGAGCAGCGGUUCUCAAGGAGUGGAAAUGCUACCACAAUAAGAUAUAUGAGAAAUAAGUAGGUACACUUCACUUUUAUUUAACUUUCAAUCCUUAAGAACUGUUAAUUUACAUUGCAUAUGGAAUACAUUUUAACUAAAUUUUAACUUUUUAUAUUUUAACUAGGGCUGUAAAACGAUUAAAUUUUUAAUCGAGUUAAUUACAGCUUAAAAAUUAAUCGCAAUUCAAACCAUCUAUAAAAUAUGCCAUAUUUUUCUGUAAAUUAUAUAUAUAUUCUGUAAAAUAAAUUGUUGGAAUGGAAAGAUAAGACACAAGAUGGACAUAUACAUUCAACAUACGGUACAUAAGGACUGUAGUGGGCAUUUCACUCUACUGUCAUUUAAAUCUGUCUAUGCUGUCCUCACUCCGAAGCGUCUACUUUUUCCAAAGCUAGACAGCUAGUGAACGACGCCUUAAUAAUCAGACUUCUUCCUUUUUCAUCUGAUUUAUUAAUAAAGUGGCCUCAAACCAUUGUCCUCUUUAGACCGUCGUAAAACUACAAAAAAAAAAGUACACAAGCAUUGCAUUAGCAAGAACGUUAGCUUAGCACACUAUACAGGUUCACUAAACAUAAACAAAAAGCGUCUCAUACCAAAAAUAUAACAUUUCGCUUACUAACAUAAUAUGUACAUUCUUUACAACAACCAUACUUACGGACAAAUCUUGUCCAAGGAUCAUAUAAGCACAACAUUACAACGUAAGCGUCAGCCCGAGAUGUCGUGCAGCCAUAUUGAACUGGCAAGAAAAAAAUAAACCAUGUCGCAAAGCGACCACAAGAGUUCGCUGUUAGACAGCACAAAAUGCCUUGCUGUAAAACUUACCAAAAGGCAGAAUACUGUCUGAGCGGGACAUGUGCGUUAAUUGCGUCAAAUAUUUUAACGUGAUUAAUUAAAGAAAUUAAUUACCGCGCGUUAACGCGAUAAUUUUGACAGCCCUAAUUUUAACACAGUAUUGAUGUGGCCUAAAUUAUUAGCUAUAACUUACAGUAAGGCUUUAUGCGUUACUAUAUUAUAAAAUUAGUGAAGAUGUUCCAUAUUUUUGGGAGUCGGGUGCAUCGUAGCUCGCGGACUACCUGUAUAUUGUUUAACUUUAGAGCUCAGUCCUUAUUGGUGUACCCUUACAUUUGUCUGGAAAAACUGGUGGGGCACAAAAUGCAAAAAAGCUAUGGAUGGUCAGCAAGAGUACUUAAUCGAAAAUCUCAUGAUUUCAAAAAGUGCCUGAGAUCUCUGUCUCACUCUAUCUCUUGGAAGGGAGCAAAAUUAAACUAAACCUGAGAUUUACUGCUAAAUGUGAGGCUAGUCCUGAUGCCACUACUGUCUUCGGCACUCCUUUACUGUGGAUCAUUAAAUUAUUCCUGCUGAAAAAGACAGGUCAAUUGAGUAUUCACAGUAUUCUGAAUGUAUUUAAAUUAUUGCUUUAGUUAUCUUUCAGAAAUGAAUUCACGCGAUUCAGCUUCUGCUGUUUAAGUAUAUGGUAUCAAAUGGAUCUCCUUGACUUGUGAAGCAUUUUUUAAUACUUAAUUUUUUUUUGUAAAUGAAAACAUCUGAGGAAUAAAGUGAUGUUGGUGUAUAAAGGGUUUAAAUGGCUGGUUAUUUGUUCUGGUUAUGCAGGAUGUCAGGAAAUAAAAACACAAGCAGUAUUCUUUUCUAAGGACAGUCGCAAAGAGAAAAAGCUCACAUUCAAAUCCAGCCUCUCGAGUUCGUUUUACGUGCACGGGGACCGAUCUCCAACUCUCUUCUGGCCGUGCACGCUUUUUAUUCGGUAAAAUCACGAUAAUACGUAGUAACAGAAUAUGAAAAAAGUGAGUACAUGGAAUGCAGUGAUUGGUUAGUUCAGAAUAACAACAGUUUUGGAAGUGCCUUAUUUGGUGUUGUUUCUCAAAACUGGAUGCUUACUGUGAAACUUAUUACAGCUCAACCUGGGGAUUUUCCACAGAAAACAUCUUGAGGUACGACCUUGGACACUUAGCUGUAGCUGUGACAAAAGGGAGUCAAAACUUGAUAAGGAAGUCAACUGGCGUCAUUUUGAAUAGUCUCACAAAUGAAUAUCGUAUCACACCAGUAAUGCGUUUUAAUAAGCAUGAAUGAAAUAUAUUCUUUCACACAGGACCCUCUUGAAAUUUGCUAAAUAUCACCUGUGAACUAGAGGUGUGCCAAAUUUCCAAUUCUUAGAUUAUUCGCGAUUCGGCCGUGGAAGAUUCGAGAACGAUUCACAAACAUCCAAAUCCCGAUUAUUGAAAUAUGCCAAGUAAAGCGGAAGUACAACACACUCAGCGCGCCGCGUGGUCAAUGAGGAACGGAGCGGGAGUAGCUAAACAUCAUGCUUCUCAUUACCCGGCCCCUCGGGUAAUGCCAAUGCUCAACUCACGGCUCUAGCUCAACUCAUGCCACGAGAUUAAAAAAAACAACAACAUACCUGACUGCUGCCGAAAAGCUGCUACAAAGUACAUCCACAUAAUGUUACGGUAGAUAUCAUUUAUAUAGGACUAGAUGCAAUGUAGAUUCGGUAGCGUUAGCAGCACACCUACAAAAAGCUAGAUGCGGGCGUUGGUAAACGGCCGCCAUCUUAAAGCAGUACACUUCCCUGCAAGGUUGUUGUAGCGAACCUUCCAAGCAAACCUAAUUAACUUUUUAUCUAAAAUACUCCUAAAUCGGUAAAAUAUUGACUUGAAUCUAUCUUUAAAAUAGUUUUAAAACUUUCACAUGUUGAAAGUAGACAUAAAGGAAAUUAUGGAAUAACGGGAGCAAUUUUAACAACUUUAACGGUUGAAUCACAACAAUAAAUUAAUUGAAUGUAGUUUAAAGCUGCUGAUACAGAAUGGGGACUGGAGUUUUUUAUUACUGUUAUUUUUGUAUAUUUGUUUACUGCUAUAUGUUAACUUGAUACCUGAGAGUACUUUUGAACAAUUUUGGAACUAAUGUAGAAAACAUUUCCAAAAAAAAAGGAGCGGGGUGCAUCAAUAAUCGUUUUAUAAUCGAAUCGGAGCCUCUGAAUUGUAAUCGAAUCGUUAGGUGCCCAAAGAUUCCCAGCUCUACUGUGAACAUUGACUUUUUCAAUGCCAUUGAUGAUGAUAAAGGUCCAAUCAUAGCUGAAGCUAUUGAUCAUUUUAUUAGUCGAUUAAUCUAUCAACUAGUUAGUUCGAAUAAUCAAGUAAUCGGAUUAGGAACAUUUAAUGCGUUGCAGAAUUCUAGGACUUUCAAGAGAGCAUUACAAAGAUUUUGGAACGAAUACGAGGCUGCUGCUAGCGCGUAGGCUGACGCUAAUGUAAACAAACAUAAACUAAGAUAAGUUACGAGGCUUGUGACUAGUGCUGCAACGAUUAAUCGAUUAACUCGAGUAUUCGAUUGGAAAACAAUAUUCGAAUUAAAUUUUGUUGCUUCGAGUCUUUGUUUAAUUAAAGUGGCGUUGUAAUGGUUAAUUUUGAAAGUGUUUGCAUGUAGUUUUAUUGAUUUUGGUGGAUACACUGCCCUCUGGUCUGCCUCUUUUCACAUGGCUGAA